UGCAAUUUCGCGGCAAAAAAAUAAAACGUCAAAAUGCCAAAAGUUGUGUCUAAGUCUCUUGUUUGUACCGAUACGAAGGAUGAGGAAGAAUAUCAAGGAGAGAAACCAUUAAACGUUUAUUAUUGUAUUUGCGGACAAAUGUGUCUCAUUCUAGAUGUCCCGAUUGAAAAGUUGCCUUUGCGGACGAGAGACGGGGCUCGUGUGAUUGACAGCAGUAAACGAGCUUACAAGUUCACAUGUGAUCCAGAUGAAAUUAUCUACCUUCAAAGGCCUAAUGGAAUUGAGAAGCAGUAUAGACAGAAGUGUAAAAGAUGUGGUCUAUGGAUAGCCUACCACCACCAGGGUCGGAGUACAGUCAUGUUUGCUGUGGAUGGUGCUUUGAAGACUGAUGGUGUGAAGAAAGAUGUGUACAGCCAGAUUGCAAAACCAAAGAAGGUGACACUGACAAAGCAUACAAAGAACAUGGGCAAGUUCAGUUCGGUUACUGUGUCAACCAUGGAAGAUGAGGAGGAGGAGCUAGAAGCAAAAGAAAUUGCUGAUUCCUACGCUGCCAAUGCCAAGGUCAUCGAGAAACAGAUGUUACGGAAGGGAAUGAGCAAGAGAAAACUAAUGGAACAGGCUGCAGAAGAAGCUAAGAAGAUGAGACCAAAGGGAACACUGAUUGACAAAUGAAUGCUGGAUAAACAUUUCUAGAUAAACAGCUGAUGAAAAUUCUGAGAUUCCAGGAUUAACAUUUGAAGACUUGGGUUAAACCCUGAUUGACAAAUGAAUGUUUACUUGGGUUAAUACCUUAUUUUGAAAUGAGUCCUUACUGGUUACAGUCUGUGACUUUACCCUUACAUUCUAAGACUUAGGUUAAACCCUUAUAGACAAAUGAAUUCUUUACUGGAUACGGCUGUGACUUAUACUCCACACUUCAAGACUUCGAUUAAAUCCUUAUUGACAAAUAAAUGCUUUCCUGGAUACAGUCUGUGACUUAAACCUCACACUUCAAGACUUGGAUUAAAUCCUUAUUGACAAAUGAAUGCUUUCCUGGAUACAGUCUGUGACUUAAACCUCACACUUCAAGACUUGGAUUAAAUCCUUAUGGACAAUGAUUUGUGUUUGUUUGAAGAGCUUUGACUUAACACCUCAUACUUUGAUUUACUGUCUGAAUUCAGACAUUUCCAAAGGAAACCUUUGCUGACAUAUAAAUGCAAGUUUUUGUAGGAAGCAGGGAAGAUAAAAUCAUGGAGCAAAUCUUGAAAUACGGAUUCAAAGAUUUCAAGUUCAUAAAUGUGUGUUAAGUUUGUGUUUUACUAGACAUUUGAAUUAAAAAUUGAAAGAAUUA